GUCCUUCUAAACGCAAGCGAGCCCACCUGUGGUCCCGCACGUACCAGAGGCGUUGAUUCCGCUGCGUCCACCCCUCCGCUCGGUGGCGCUGCCAUGAACAAAGGCUUCGCCCGGAAGAGCCAUACAUUCCUGCCCAAGAUAUUCAGGAAAAUGACUUCCCAGCCCAAAGAGCGCCCUGAGAGUUUACAGUUCCCUUUUUUGGAUGAUGAUGAAACUAUCACCACCAUCCGAGAAUCAAAAACAUUUUUUAUUCUUCGGGGUCUGCCAGGCAGUGGGAAGUCCACUUUGGCUCAAGCCAUCCAAGACAAGUACAAAGAUGCUUGCAAAGUCAUUUCUGCCGACCACUACAAAAUUCAGCCUGCUAUCAGGAGUGCCAUUCCCGAUGAUUACAGCAAGUUUGAUGAGGAUCUAGCUGACUAUUGCAAGCGUGACAUCAGCGUACUGGUAGUGGAUGACACCCACCAUGAACGGGAGCGACUAGAGCAGCUCUUUGACAUUGCUGACAAGUACCGCUACAAAGUCAUCUUUGUGGAACCCAAAACAUCAUGGAAAAUGGAUUGCUUGCAGCUCAAGGAUAAGAAUCAGUGGAAACUUUCAGUGGAUGAGCUGAAGAAGCUGAAGCCCAGCUUAGAAAAGGACUUCUUACCCUUGUAUUAUGGGUGGUUUUUGAGCAAAAGGAGUUCGGAGAAUUUGCGGAAGACCGGACAGGCAUUUUUGGAUGAGCUUGCCAGUAUUAAAGUCUUCAAAAAGGAGUCCAAUAAGCACUUCGGACAACCCAGCGAAGACCCCAAAAUGAAAUUUGACUUGACCAGCUACUUUGUGAAAAGGCCUCCAGGAGUCUUGCACUGUACCACAAAAUUCACUGACUUUGGGAAAGCCCCAGGAUCGGAUGAUUAUGCUCAGCAGGAGGUUGUGAAGUCCUCUUAUGGAAAAGCCUUUUUCCUGACCAUCUCUGCCCUCUUUAUUACACCAAGAACUGUUGGUGCCCGGGUGGAACUGAGUGAGCAGCAAAUGCUUCUCUGGCCAGCUGAUGUGGAUGUGCUUCAGCCAGCAGUCACCCUCCCCAAAGGCAGCCGUGCCCACAUCACCCUGGGCUGUGCCAGUGGAAUAGAAGCAGUCCAGACUGGCAUUGAUCUCCUUGAAUUUGUCAAGUUGGAAAAGGCAGGAAACAAAGGCGAGGAAGUUGGGGAGAUUGGUGGUGGGAAACUUCUGUCCUUUGGGAAUGGCAUGUGGAUGCUUCUGCUUUCCAAAAAGAUAGAGGUGAGGGCCAUCUUUUGUGGGUACUAUGGAAAGGGAAAACUGGUGCCAACUCAGGGUGGUAGUAAACGGGGAUCGCCCUUCAACUCUUGCAUCAUCAUCUAAGGGCUCUGGUUGCCACUGCAGCCUUUCCUUUUACAGGAAAGUAAUGUGUAACCUUUUGUAAGACAUUCCCCUUUCCCAAUAUUGCCUGCCAGUUUUUGAUAAAUUCUAGCACAGCCAGGCUUUUCACAGGGAUGCUUUUUUCUUAUCCUUCAGGAAAUAAACCAGAGGCCUAGGCACCUCUAAUGGAAGCAUUAGUACUUUUUAUAUGUAUAAAUUAAGAUUAAUGUAACCAAAUACUUGGAUAAAUAAUUUGAGGCAUUUUAGAGAAGCAGCAGUCUUCCCCCCUCCAGAGUUUUAACUCCUACCAGUACACCUAUCAUGUAAAUCUGCUCAAUAUUCCAUGUCAGCAUAGGUCUUUUGGAGGGCCACAGGGCAAGUGGCCCCCAGUGGGCCCCUUCCCUCCGUGAGCCUGCCUUCUCAUUGCCAUUGUCACCAGCUGCUGUUGCCUCACUUCUCCUCAUCAGUGAGAGAGCUGCUUCUCCUUUGCCAGGCAGAGCGCCACUGCGCCUGUUGGCAGGAGCAUCUGUGGCUUUUCCUUCUCAGCACCUCUGAUUUCUGAGCCAUGAUGGGAGGCAAGCUAAAAAGCAGGCUGAAGUGAGGAAGGGGAAGAGCAAAGCCAGGGGGCUCUUCUGAGCAGGUCAUUGCUGGGACCUGGCAGGUGCUUGGCUAUGCUUACCUUUGACACCAGUUCUGUUGCAAGCUUAGUGCUGCUGCACAGUGUGGUAGAAUGGUUUGCAGCAUCACAUUGCAGGUGGGGUGCGUGUGUGAGAGAGAGAAAUAUUGCACUUGAUUGUCACUCAUGUAAUCACUCCCUGCAAAUGGAAAACCAGCACAUCAGGUAAAGGGCACAGCCACAGCAACCCCCCUCCCCCUGCUAGGUUAGUUUACUAUUUUCUGGAAAUAUUUUGAUUACCUACAAGAGCAAGCAGAAGUGGCAUGCCCCAUCUGUAGCCUGAACUGGUACAAUCUGUACUUUCAUUAUGUUGCAUGGGCAGAACCAGACAGUCGAGGGUCAGAGCUGUCUGCCAUUGCCUGGGUUUUGUAAAAUGUGAAGCAGAAGAAAUCAGUUUCCAGUAACUGCCCUGAAGAUGCAAGUUCAGAAACCACUGCAGGUGCACUUACUGGGUGGUUCACGGUAUCUCUCAAUCACUGUUGAAAAGAUUUACGGCAUGAGACCUGCCUCUGCUUAGUCAAUCCUGCUACAGCGACCUUCCCCACUAGUUUGGAGGGAAAUGAUAUUAUCCUUUUCAGGCUUUUAAAUAAGACUACAAAUUGUAAAACAAAGACAAAACAAAUAAUCAAGGAUAUCAACAGCAAUUUGGGUGAGUGCGCUUGAAAAGGUAAUUCCAUCUGUUUUUUUUCUUCUUGCUGAGCCAGUGGUGGCUUCCUACAGCUCGCCCUGUUUCUUCUUCUAUUCCUAUUAAUGGGGGGAGCAAGGCAAGACCGCACAUCUGUUCUCCCUGUCCCUACUGUAUUUCUUUUCUGCUUUUAAAAUACAUGCUAACCACCCACCAGGGACUUGUGUUAUUGAGCUUUAUAGAGUCCUGUUGUGGAACAACUCAGACCCUUGCAAUUUUUCAGGAUGUUAGUAUUGUUAGCAAUUGACAUCUCCGCUGUGGAUAAUACCGAAAAUGGAAGGCCAUUGAACUUACAGCAGACACCCUCAAAAUGAAGAGGAAAGAAGUUGCUUAUCAGGGAGAUAAUUUGUCUAUCUAAAGCCACAAAGGCUAUGUAAACUUGCCUCAUUGUAGCCACAGCCCUCAAAUCAUAGGGCUGUGGCUAUAGUAGUCAGUGCUUGGGGGUGGGAAUCAAGGACUCUGAAUCAAGCUGCUCUCUCACUCUGGCCGGCCAUCUUGGCUACAUAGCUGACCAUGUUGAGCAGCGAGUCUCCCACGAGGACCCUCCCUCUUGCCUUCUGCCUCGAUCUUGUAUGGUGAAAAUGUCAAACCAGAACUGCAAACCAAAUACAUGCAAAGUGUGUGUUCUUCUGCUGCCCUAAGUGCCCAAGGAUCACUCAGCUAAGUUUUUAGGGGAAAGAAAAUGACAGUCGGCUUUAGCAUUCCUCCCCCAAGUUAUGAACUACUAACUAGCAGCAGCAGCAGGUUAGCUGGAUUUUAGCAAUCUUCUGCAAGUGGGCUUACUUACACACUUAUCAGAGCUGCCUCAGGGACUAUUAAGCAAAGAUAAAAUGCCUCCCUAUCUCUGACCACAGUAACCAGAGAGCAGCAUGCAUCAAUAUGCUAUGGGUGAUUUCCUGUAUUUCUUAAAUGAUGGAUUCUGCCCCAUACCAAUGUGAUGUUGGAGCCUUUGUAAUGGUUUAGGGAUCUGUAAAGUAUUUUGUCAGUCAAGAAAAUCAGAAUGACUUCAAACAGUAAAGAAUAUGUAUUGGAAGUACUUCAAACAGUGGGUUAUGUCUUUAAAAGUUUUCAGCACUUUACUUGCCUUACCAUGGGGGUGGGGAAACUUGUGGUUCCCAGACACUGAUGAAUAACCACUCUCAUCAUCCCUCACCCUUGGCCAAACUAUCUGAAGCCAUUAUGAACUGGAGUUCAAGAACAGCAGAAUGACAGGUUUUCCAGCCCCGUCUAACAAGGGUAUUUGGAGGACUGCAGAGAGGAUGGAUGUGAAGCAUGUAUAACACUCAGUGCUAUGCAAAGUAUUCAUUGUACAGUUCUAUGUAUAUCUGCUCAGAAAUACCAUGAAGUUAACUGAAGUUCACUCUGAGGGAAGUGUGUGUAGGAUUGCAGUUUUAAGAGCAGUUUAAAAUUAGCAGUACUUGGAGUGGGUCCACAUUUGGAUCAUACAUUGAGAGAAAGGCUACUGUGUUUAAAAACUUCAGUUCUCUAAAUGAAAAAACGCAGAGGAAAUGAAGAAUCUGCUAUAGAUUCUCCAUCUCUUGAUUAACUAAGGAAAAUGAGUUUGUGUAUGCUUUUUGGUUUUUAUAACAGUACAUUGACGCACAGUAUGGUUUCACUUACUCAUACUCUUAAAAUAAGCCUAGCUUUUUAAAAUUGAAGCUGGAUUAUCCCCACAGUCCCAUAGCAGUAACAUUUUUGGGAUGUUGCAACCAAAUCAAUUAAGCCUGACCACUUUUCUGCAAAAACAAAUUAGUUUCUGCUUGAUCUCACUAAGCUUAGUAAUACUGGUUGUUAAUAGUGCAGAUUUCAGUUUUCAUGCAUGAUUUCUUGCUUCCCCUCCCAUUACCUUGCAAAUACCUGUAUAUUUGCUGUGUUAACUUGUUUGCCUGUUCGCAUUCCAACCACAGCACUGCCUGUGCAAGACUUUUUAACACAUGGAUGUAAUUGCAGUUCAUACACAGAGUGGUGGUGUUUUGUGCUCCCCACCACCCUGACUGUAAAGUUGUGCAAUAUAAACAGCAUCUAGUGUUAAUACAAUAGUGUUAAGAACUAGGACCCUCCCUCUAGCCCUGGGUAUAACAUUGUAUGAUCUCAUUGCAUAGGAUGCUUAUUGUUGAAUGUGAUCUAGACAAACAGUGGAACAGUGUGGAGGAAAGGCCUAUCCUUGUCAAUAAGCAGUGCUCAUUUAUCUACUGCUUUGUUCAUGUCAAUGCACCCAUUGUCAACAAGAUUAACAUGGAAGUUAGAUGGUUAGAUUUGAACUUGGCCUAAACACACAUUUCAUAUGAAACCUUAAAUCCAAUAUUCAAAGCAAAACUGUUUUCUUUUCCUCAUGUAAUUCUUGUGAUUUUUUGGGUUACACAAGGGGGAGCUGGUUAUGCUAACCAUGUUGCUCAGGAAACAUUUCCAUCUCAAUGUAAUGUUUUUGUGCAUGAUACUUGUGCCAGCUUUUAAGAUAUCUCACACCAGCUGUCUAAUGGUCCAAUUUCUGUUAAUAUGUUUGUCUUGAAUACAGUUGAGGUAUGUUUCUACUUAUCUCAGCAGCAUAACUUUUUUUUUAAGAAUACUUUUAACUUUGAUUCAGGGCUAAACAGCAGUUUAAACUCACAGCAAGUGUAAAGCAUUGCAAUAAAUGUUAUUAAUACAUAGAAAAUGUGUUGGUAUUUCAAUGCGGCUGCUUGAUACUGAAUUCAUUGCUCAAGUUGACACCAAACAACAUUCAAAUUACACACAUAAAAGGAGUGCCACUUUUAAAAUCAGUCUUCAGUACAAUUAGAAGGAACUGUAACUGGAUACAUAAAUGGGAAGUAGCACACCAAUUUUCUCUUGGGAAAGAAAUGCAUGGGUGACCAGCUUCCCCAGUGGACAGAGCUUGCAGUCUGUGGGUCUCUUGGAGAACUCAUUGCAUGUGGUAUCUAGCCAAGUAAAAAUGUGAAAAACUGGUAUUUGGCAUGAUGUGGGUUUUGUUUCAACCAGUUACUUUUGUUAACUUUCUCUAGUAAACAAGGCCCAAGGCUAUUAUGCCUUUAUCUGCCUGCAUGAUUUGAAGUCCUUGGCACAGUCUUUUUUUGAGUGGUUAGCACUUGAGGUGUGAGAAGGCAUCAAAUGCUGAGCCUUGUUUCCUUUCACACACUUCCCUGAGGCAGAACGCUUCUAUCGCUAGUAUAGCAAAACAGUUUAAAGCAUGUACUGCCACAGUACUUGCCUAAAUGUCUCAUUACAGCCCCUUCACCAGAGCAGCGGCCCACCUAAAGUGCUGUACUUUCACAUGCCUUGCAGAAAGGCAUAAAGUGCCAUGUGGAUCUUCACUAAACUCAAUAAUUUGGACACACUUGCCUUUGUGUGGGCACCCCUAGAGAAGCUACAGCAUAUUCCUCCAUUUCAGCUUUCUCCCUGCUUGACUUUAGGUGAACGUGUGGCUAACUCCUCACAUCAAAGAUCAAAACAUGGGAUGCAUAUUGUGAUGGCUUCUUCUGGUCUGGUAUGAUGAAAACAUCCAAACCAUAUCAUAAAUAGAGUGCCUGACAUACAUAUUACAUAUCCAUUAUCUAUAGGUAUGCUGGUAAUCUGCCCUCAAUAUUCUAACUUCCAUUAGGGCCACCUUAUGGGUUCCUCAGGUAGCACUCUGUCUCAAGAACUGGGUGCGGCCCAUCAGCAACAGGCCAAUUCAAAGAUCUGGGUCACAAGGUUCCUCCCUUCAUCUCAUAUUGGAUACCUCAGUUACACCAACCCAGAAGGUACUUUCACACUAAGCAUCCGGUGCUUCAUUGCCACCAGCAACCCACACAGCAUCAGAAGUGACCCCAAGCACACCCCAGGUAACUUAAAU